UUUUUAAAGUUGGCAACAAUGUGGAGACACUGCGCCCCACUUUUGCUAUCUCAAGUGAACUGUUUUCUUUAGUCUGGUACGAAUACCUUUCCAGUUCAGUGAUGAGGUUCAAUUUCGUAUGACACAAAGGGUAAAGCGUCCUCCAGCUUUAUAUCUCCAUGGGUGCAACUGUCACUUCGUGGAAGAAAAACAAAAAAGCGUGCACCGGAUUACAGUAGCGCGCGUAAAUUUUUCUAUGUGCCUUUUUAACUUAAGUUGGUGAAAUUACUCUUCACUUAACUACGAAAAAUGGAUGAAACAGUAUUAUUUCCCUCACCUAACUGGUUUCAAGUGUCAGGUUUAGCGGUGAGCAACGACGGUUGGCUAGCUUACGGCGGUCCAAGCAAAAGUCUUUGUGUCUUAAAGCCUGUGCCAGCUGAUGCGAAUGGUGUGGUUGUAGGUGCCGAGCAAUAUACCGCACAUGUCUUAAACAGAGCACAUCCUGACAAGAUUGUAAGUGUUGAUAUAUCGCCUGAGUGGCCAGAGAGGAAGCUGGUGCUGACAGGAAGUUCUAGCGGCUCUGUAAAGCAAUGGAGUUUAGAGGAUGCAAAUGGAGGCAUUAAAUUCAAAUCCAAUCUUAGUCAUGACAUCCACACUCAUGAGAAAGAGGAAAUAGUUGGUGUUGCAUACAGCAAUGAGGUGUAUGCUGUAACAGUGGGCUGUUUCGGUAACAUUGUAAAAUGGGACCUAAAUGCCAAUGUGGUAAAAACGUUCAACAACAUGCUAAAGACAUUCAAGCCAACAUGCAUGACAUGCUCCCAUCACAUUACGCUAAAUGUGGCCAUUGGUACCAAGCAGGGAGUUCUAUUUGUAGUGGAUUUGAAUGGUGCUGGUAAUCUUAUAUACAAAGUACGCAGCCAAGAUGAUGAAAUCAUGAAUGUGAGCUGGUGUCCCCAAUACGAAGUUCAAGUCGAGAAAUCUGUUGAUGAAUCCCAAAGAUUUGGCAUUGUUACUGAUAAAACUAUUAAGUCCAAAUCAAAGAAGGGAGCGGCUCAGAAAGAGUCUCAAAAGUCUAGUGCCUCUGAUAGAAUGGAAAAAAUCAGGCAACAACUAGACUUAGAAGAAAAUUAUACAUCCGGAAUCAAAAAGGAUCUUCCGCAAGACAGUUUUGAAGAUUUUGUAGUUGUUCCUGAUGAUGACAUGUUUGAUAUCUAUAAAGAUCAUGAAGCAGAUGAAUUUGGACACAAAAAAUAUGAACCAGAGGAUAUACUAGUAAAAAUUAAGGAACCCAAGGAACAGAAUGAUUAUUUGGCUGAAUGCCUGAAGCUUAAAGAUGCUAUACUAAAGAAAAAGAAUGAACCAGAGCCCUCAAUAGAGUCCUUAGUAGAGGCACUUGAGAAAAGUGAUAUAAACAGUGAAAGUUGUCCAAAAGGAGAGUUACCCAGUGGUAGUAAGAUAAUGAGUGAUGCUAGUCAAGAAGAAACCACUCCUAGUAAGGAUGAGCAAGAGGAACCUAGUUCUGUGUCUAGUGUGCACAUGCAUAAGCAUUUGUUAGCAACAAUUGGGAAACAAGGUGGUGUCCGCAUCUGGUCAAAGACGGGCAAGCUUGUCGCUAGCUGCGCCUUGAAGCAACAACAAGGCCGCUUCAGGAAUUCUUGGGCCACGCUGGCUUGGUGUCAGCCUGAGUUGCUGCUCAUAGCUGAUGGGAAGAACCAGUUAUUGGAGUGUAAUCCAUUGAAGCCUGAUUGUAAGAACAAGCUCGAAACGAAGCUGGUUCACACUCUGCAUAAGCGCGGGUUGCACUGCGUGGCCACCAACGCUUGGCGGGCGAGCGCCGCCGCGCCCGUCGCCUGGAGCGUGUCGCAGGAUCGCUCGCUUGUCCGCUACAGCCUGUGCGACCGGUCUACUACCGUGUACAACACGUGUGGGGGCUUCAUCUACAACGUGCAGUAUUGUCCGUAUGAUGUCAACAAGGUAGCGGUGAGCGUAGGCGACGGCGCGGUCCGCGUGUGGUCGGCCGAGGAGGCCGCGCACGCGGAGGGCCGGCUGGCGGCCGGCCGCGUCGCCACCUACUGGCAGCACGUGCAGGGCAAGGUGCUCACCGUGGCCUGGCAUCCUACUAGGGAGAACUUGCUGGCGUUCGGAACGGCUGAAUCUAGGGUGGGGCUGAUCGAGGCGGGCUCGGACGAGCGGCCGGCGCGCGCGCUGGGCUCGGGGCUGGCGGGCGGCGUGUACGCGCUGGGCUGGGGCGCCGCCCGUCUGUACGCGGCCGCGCGCCAGGAGCUCAGGGCCUACUGCCAGGAGCGCCCAGACGAACCCGGGACGCCGGUGCCGGUGUCGGUGGAGGGUGCGGCGUGGGGCGUGAGCGCCGUGCGCGUGCGCGGCGGCCUCAUGUGUGUCGGCAGCGACGCGGGCGGCGUGGCCGUGCUCCGCGAGCAAGGAGCGCGGCUGCUGGCCGCGACCUUCGUCGGCAGUAAAAUUAUACACACCAUCGAAUGGCAUCCACAGCAGACCUCCUUCUCCAACGAGGAGUCUCAGCACAAAAAUUUAAUCGCAGUGUGCUCACAGGAUAAGGCGAAUUCGGUCGUUAUAUUGGAGUUUGUCGAUAAAGAAGAAAACCAUCCGAAGUUGAUUGAAUUCAAGAAGCUCACCGGACACACGAACACGGUCCUGCAACUGGCUUGGAGCCCACAUCAUGAAAUGAAAUUGUUGUCGACUUCGCACGAUGGCACCGUGAGGGUAUGGGACGUAGAGGCGGGCACCUGCGUGUCGAUAUUCGGCGGGCACGGCGGCACGACGCUGGGCGCGGCGUGGGUCGCACAACCCUGCCUCCCGCACCACGUGCUGUCAGGCGGCGCCGACUGCUGCCUGCGGCUGUGGGACACCCGCCGACACCCCGCCGAGGCCUACCGAGAAACGCAGGAAUUGGCGCCUAAGAAAGACAAGAAAAAAAAGAAAGACAAAAAAGAAAUCAAAACUGAAGCCACCAAAGAUACAGAAACUGCAGACUGUGAAAGCAACGGUUUAGCAACCUUAGAAUCGACAGUAAAGAUUUCUAAGAAGUUUUUACUGCCAACGAUCACCAAACAGAUGCAAAAGCCAAAGACGAAGGGAGCCAAAAGGAUGCUGCAUAAGUUUAUGGUGAAGAAGAAUUUGGAGACGGAAGUAGAGGAGACUGAGGAAUACGAUCUCGAUUAUAUCAAGAUGUUCGGUAAUUCGAAGGAGGUCAAUGAAUUGUUUGACAUGGAGAUGGAACACCACCUGCGCGUGGGCAACACGGAGUCGUGGCUGGUGCUGUGCGUGCUGCGCGGACACAUCGACGCGGCGCUGCGCCUCGCCGCCGAGCGCGACCUGCUCUGCCCCUACCUGCUGAGCCUCGCGCCCGGCGUCUCCACCAAGUACUGGAAAGACGCGUCUAAAUCAUAUUUGGCUCAACUAGAUCGACUUGUCGCUAACGGGGAGGAAGAUAAAUUAGUCGUGAAUAAGAACUACGGCGGACCCGUAUACCGCAAGGUGCUGACGCUGCUGAGCCUCCAGGACGCGAUUGGCGCGGUUAAGACGCUCGUCGAGAACAAACUCUACAAGGAGGCCUACAUGCUGUGCCGGAUUAGGUAUAUGGACACGAUUGGAGACGAAGUCCUGGAGUCGUGGGCCAAGAAUUGCCUCCAAUCCGGCGUGUUCGACAUGGCUGCUGUUUGCCACCUCGCGCUGGGGAACCUGCUGGAGGCGGCCACGUGCCUCGGCCAGUGCCUCGACGCGGGCAGCCUGCGCCUCGCCGCCGCGGCCGCCCGCGCCGCCGGCCAGACCAUCCUCGCCGACAACCUCAUGGGCAGGACGCUGAACACCGAGGACGUGGCGGCGGACCUCGACAGACUGCCGUCCAGGGCCGAGUUAUUCUUGCAAGGGACGCAGUCGGACGGAGCCCAACACAACGGAGACGACGGGAACGGGAGAGAUCAUGAUGAAUAGUUAGGUUAUUAAAAUACACUGGUUGCGACAAGAACGCGAACCGCAUUUACAGCCACCUGCAAAAGAGCAUGAGCACAAAAAAAAGUGCCAUUUAUAAUGUGUCCAUGAAAAUUUGCAGCUCGUUGUACAUUUUUCUGAACCGGCUUCCAAUACCGGUAAUCUAAUAUGAAUGCUACCUAUGUGAUUUUUAAAAUAAGUAUUGACACUCAAGCUACAUUAAGAGGGAAGUAUACCACGUGAUCGUCCAUACAAAAAGAGAAAACGUUAUUCCACUUCUAAGUAUUUUCCUUUCUUCAUGAUUUUUAGUAUGUUAGUGACACAAUGAAAAACCGAAAAAUUACCGUUACUUCGUUAGAUUCAAAAAGCUAUUCUUCCCUCUUAAGCUUUUAUAAGGCAGAGGGAAUAUAUUUCCCACCUAAUUUUAAAUAUAAAGGCCGAUAUCUAAAGGCCGCUUAAGUCUUUGUUCUAGUUUUAAUAUUUACAUUACACCACACCGUAAUAUUAAGAAAGAUUCUCCAGUUUUACUUAUGAAUAUUGCAUGUGUCAUGGUUAAGUGAAUAACCGUGUCAUUUCAGUCAUUUGCAUUAUUUAUAUUACGAAAACAAUUACACCCUAGGACAAACACAAUUAUAUUAUUAAUAUUUAACCUGUUAUAGAUCGUGUCAUUCACGAAGACGCGUGCCUUGACUUGUAAUGUCAUGCUAUUAAAGGUUAGGUUUGGCAAAUCUACGCGUCAUCGUGGAUGACACGAACUAUAACGGAUACCUAGACUAAUUUCACAUUUAGCGUCGAAAAUUAACAGGGUAAUCCGUCACAUAAAAUGGGAGUAUAACGACACAGUAGCAACUCCAGUUAUUCCGUCAUAAUAAUCAAAUUCUUCUAAGUUUUUUAUAUAUAUUUUUUUUUGCGGUGGUCGCCGAGUGGAUAUGACGUCUGACUUUCAAUCCGGAGGUCGCGGGUUCAAAUCCUGGCUCGUACCAAUGAGUUUUUCCGAACUUAUGUACGUAAUGUCAUUUGAUAUUUACCACUAGCUUUUCGGUGAAGGAAAACAUCGUGAGGAAACCUGCAUACAUCUGCGAAGAAAUUCAAAGGUGUAUGUGAAGUCCCCAAUCCGCAUUGGGCCAGCGUGGGGACUAUAGCCCGAGCCCUUUCGCGUAUGAGAGGAGGCCUGUGCCCAGCAGUGGGACGUAUAUAGGCUGAAUUAUUAUUAUAUAUUUUUUUUCAUUUCAGAUGUAGUUUUAAUAUUUAUCAAUUGUAAGUUUUGAGGUUACUUGAAAAUGACAGUAUGUCAACAGCAAACUUACAGUACAGGACGCCCUUAUGCAGCAGAAAAUAGAUGUAUGUAUGGAUAUUUGCAUCACGUUUGGUCGCACACUGAUUGGGAUAUCUGUGCUUCAGUAGGUUCAGUUCCAGAAUCUAGUACUACACAUAAAACAAGCCUCAAGUAUUUUAACCCCUCUCUUACAAAAUGACUGAUUAAGACUAACGAUUAACGUUAACCUUGUAGCGCGCGUUUACUGAUAACGAUACAGAAAGACAAACUUCUAACGGAAGUGGCUGUAGGUGAUAUUUUAGACUAAAAUGCUAAAAUUGAACAGCAUAAUAAGUUGCUCUCUAAAGCACCAAAGGAACGAGGACAUGAUAUAUUUACUCGUCCUUUCCUGAAUACCUCUAGGCAUGCUUACGAAUAAUUGUUAAUCUUUUACCUUUAAACGACCAAUUCUUGUAUAUAUGUCUAUAUUUCAGGGACCUCGUAAACGGCUCUAACGAUUUCGAUGAAAUUGCCUAUAUAGGGGUUUUGUGGGGCGAAGAAUCGACCUAGCUAGGUCUUAUCUCUGGGUAAAUGCGAUUUUUUAGUUUUUUUAUGUUUUCCGAGCUAAGCUCGGUCUCCCAGAUAUUAAUUUUUAUAAAAGAAAUCAGAAUACUUAUUUAGGAUUACUGUGUUUCCUGUUGAAGCCCAGUUGCGUUCCCAAUUAAUGUCUACUUUUUCUUGUGGGAUUGUAUGUAAACAUAAUAAGUGUUAACGUGCCUCAAAUAUGUUAUUCUGAGGAAACAGGUACCUCUAUUGAUUGUAAUUUUUUUUUUUUAACAAACUACAUAAGGCACAUUUUGCCUUAAAAUGUAAAGCAGGAAUCAGUUUUAUAUUUCAUCUAUUUAUACUUGUUGAAAACACGUGCCUAUUGUUGUAUUGUUAAAUGUACAGUCAGCGUCAAAUACUUUGUAGCAGUGAAAGUGGCCAAAUAGUUCGGUACACCAUACUAAAUAUAUGGUGUACCGAACUAUUUGGCUACUUUGGUUGCUACAAAGUAUUUGACGCUGACUGUAUGAGCUUUAUGGUAUGUAAUUCAUGUUAAACUAGGGCUAUGAAGGCAUUGUUCAGUUUGUGAAUAAAAUAAUGUUUCUCAUUUUAAUUUUA